GGCGGGGCGGUAGCAGGGGUGAGUGCACGGAGCGGAUGGCUGAGGGAGCGGGGCUGAGAGCAGCUGCCAGGUAUUUAUGCAUCAUCCAUUGCUGCCUUUGAUGUGAAAAUGACCAAGUUAGGGUUUCUUCGCCUGUCCUAUGAGAAACAGGACACGCUGCUUAAACUCCUCAUCCUGUCUAUGGCAGCUGUGCUGUCUUUCUCCACUAGACUCUUCUCUGUUCUAAGAUUUGAAAGUGUCAUCCAUGAAUUUGAUCCGUAUUUUAACUACCGCACAACACGGUUUCUGGCAGAAGAAGGCUUCUACAAAUUCCAUAACUGGUUUGAUGACAGAGCCUGGUACCCUUUGGGCAGGAUCAUUGGUGGAACCAUAUACCCAGGUUUAAUGAUCACAUCAGCAGCAAUUUACCAUGUUCUACACUUCUUCCAUGUUACCAUUGACAUCCGAAAUGUCUGCGUUUUCCUGGCUCCCCUUUUCUCUUCCUUCACCACCAUAGUAACUUAUCACCUCACCAAAGAGCUCAAGGAUGCAGGGGCAGGACUUCUUGCUGCUGCCAUGAUUGCUGUGGUGCCUGGUUACAUCUCUCGUUCUGUUGCUGGCUCUUAUGAUAAUGAAGGUAUUGCCAUAUUCUGCAUGCUGUUAACCUAUUACAUGUGGAUCAAAGCAGUGAAGACUGGUUCCAUUUACUGGGCAGCCAUGUGUGCCCUUGCCUAUUUCUACAUGGUUUCCUCCUGGGGUGGUUACGUAUUCCUGAUCAACCUGAUCCCUCUGCAUGUCCUUGUGCUGAUGCUGACAGGGCGCUUUUCCCACAGGAUCUAUGUCGCCUACUGUACGGUGUACUGCCUAGGGACCAUCCUGUCUAUGCAAAUCUCCUUUGUUGGCUUCCAGCCUGUUCUGUCAUCUGAGCACAUGGCUGCUCUUGGGGUCUUUGGCUUGUGUCAGAUCCAUGCCUUUGUGGACUACCUGCGCAGCAAGUUGAACCCCCAGCAGUUUGAAAUUCUCUUCAGGAGUGUGAUCUCCCUGGUUGGAUUUGUUCUUCUUACAAUAGGAGCUGUGCUGAUGUUGACAGGGAAAAUAUCUCCUUGGACCGGUCGUUUCUACUCCCUGUUGGAUCCUUCCUAUGCAAAGAAUAACAUUCCCAUCAUUGCUUCAGUUUCUGAGCACCAGCCCACCACGUGGUCCUCCUAUUAUUUUGAUUUACAGCUACUUGUUUUCAUGUUUCCAGUUGGCCUCUACUACUGUUUCAGUAAUCUAUCAGAUGCCCGUAUUUUUAUCAUAAUGUAUGGUGUGACCAGCAUGUACUUCUCUGCUGUGAUGGUGCGUCUCAUGUUGGUGCUGGCCCCAGUUAUGUGCAUUCUGUCUGGCAUUGGAGUUUCUCAGGUGCUGUCCACUUACAUGAAGAACCUGGAUAUCAGCCGACCAGACAAGAAAACCAAAAAACAACAAGACUCUACUUAUCCCAUUAAAAACGAAGUUGCCAGUGGCAUGAUCCUGGUCAUGGCUUUCUUCUUGAUCACCUACACUUUCCAUUCAACCUGGGUGACCAGUGAAGCCUAUUCCUCACCUUCUAUAGUGCUGUCUGCUCGCGGUGGGGAUGGUAGCAGGAUCAUCUUUGAUGACUUCAGAGAGGCUUAUUAUUGGUUGCGCCACAAUACACCGGAGGAUGCAAAGGUCAUGUCUUGGUGGGAUUAUGGGUAUCAGAUAACAGCCAUGGCCAACAGGACAAUUCUGGUAGACAACAACACUUGGAAUAAUACGCAUAUCUCCCGAGUUGGGCAGGCAAUGGCAUCCACUGAAGAGAGAGCCUAUGAGAUCAUGAGGGAGCUGGAUGUCAGUUAUGUGUUGGUAAUAUUUGGAGGCCUCACUGGAUAUUCCUCAGAUGAUAUCAACAAGUUCCUGUGGAUGGUGAGAAUUGGUGGGAGCACAGACACUGGGAAGCACAUAAAGGAACACGAUUACUACACACCGACUGGAGAGUUCCGUGUUGAUAGGGAGGGUUCCCCUGUGCUGCUCAACUGCCUUAUGUAUAAGAUGUGCUACUACCGCUUUGGGCAGGUCUACACUGAAGCCAAGCGCCCACCAGGUUAUGACAGAGUGAGAAAUGCUGAGAUUGGAAACAAAGACUUUGAGCUUGAUGUCCUGGAAGAGGCCUAUACUACAGAGCACUGGCUAGUCCGAAUAUACAAAGUAAAGGACUUGGAUAAUCGUGGACUGUCAAGAACAUAGAUUUGCCUUCAGCUUUAAGGAAAUCGCACUGAGUCUGCCUGUGAAGCAAGUUUUUUUUUAUACAGUUUAUAAGUGCAAGGAGUUGGAUUAACUGCCCAUGAAGUUCUGCCCUCAUGCAUACAGUCCAUAUUAGAUGGAAUGAUUUUUAUAAAUAUGAACCAGUUACCAAAUCAGAAAUAAUGGCUUUAUGGUGGGUGAUUAAAGGGGAGUUUAAAAAAAGUGUGUAGUUCUUGCUUCCUUUCCAGUGAUGGUGCCAGAUGCAGCAAUCCAGGUGUUCCCUCUUGAAGUGUGAAGAUGUUUUACUUUUUGAAUUUACUAACACCUCAAAGUCUACUUCCUUUUCUGAGUCACAAGACUCAGAUUUCCAUAAUGGUAGCCAUCUGCCUCACUUUGGUUUAUUAAAACAGGUUUUUGGUAAAACA